CAAACGGGCUGUAUCAGAGCACCAGCUAUUGCAUGACAAGGGCAAGUCAAUCCAAGACUUACGAAGAAGAAUAUUCCUUCAAAAUUUAAUUGAAGGUGUCAACACUGCAGAAAUCCGUGCAACUUCAGAGGUUUCACCUAACCCUAAGCCUGCUACCAACACGAAGAACUACCCUGUCCGAUUUGGUAGUGAAGAUGAGGGCAGAUACCUAACUCAGGAGACAAACAAAUCACAGACCUACAAGGAGCAGCCCCUGAAGGUAUCGGGGAAGAAAAAGAAAGCAAAGCCUGGAAAACGUAAGGAACAAGAGAAGAAAAAGAGGCGAGCCCGCUCGGCUUGGCUAAAUUCUGGCGUGUAUGGAAGCAGCGUGACCGAGAGCCCGCUCUUGGACAACUCUGUUACUACACACAAUCACACUUUAAGGUAA